ACGCUAUGAAAACCAAAGAAAAAAACCUUAUCCAACACGUUUUCACAUGAAAAAUUGCCCAUCACAAAACAUCAUCGACCGUUGGAUUCACAUCAAGACAAAACAGAUCAACGGUUGAAGUCAAUCCUCAGACCUUAAGAUAACCAACAAAACUGGCAAAGCCAACGAAGAACAGAAUGAAAAAGGAAACCACUUUUGCUUUAAAGAGAGUAAAAAACCUUUUUUUUUAUUACUUUAAUUUUCAUUAGGAAUAAAGCAUAGGCCAUAGGAUUCAAUUUUCAAUCUGGGUUUUGGUUUUUGUUGAGAGAAAAAAGGGAAGAAUAGAAAGAUAGCUAUGGCUGAGGUUUUGGGGAAAGCAAAUCUGUUUACAACUUGUAACUAUAGUCAGAAGAAGAAUCAAGAAGGUGGGGGUUCUUUGUGUUCUAAGAGAAUUUCUUUUUGUUUGAAAAAGAAUAGUUUUUCUUCUUUGAAGUUGAAAUCUCAGGCUUUGGGUAGUGAUUUUAAUGGGCAAACAGUAGUUUUUUUGGAGAAGAAAAGUGUGAACAAGAGAAGGCUUUGUCAAGUUCCCAUUAACGCACAGAUGCGAAGUGGCCUUAUUGGCAGAAUUCAAAAGUGGUGGGAGAAGGGUCUGCAACCAAAUAUGAAAGAAGUGACAUCUGCACAAGACCUGGUAGACUCUCUUAUGAAUGCUGGGGAUAAACUUGUUAUAGUAGAUUUCUUCUCCCCUGGUUGUGGAGGCUGCAAGGCUCUUCAUCCCAAGAUUUGCCAAUUGGCAGAGAUGAAUCCAGAUUUGCAGUUUCUUCAGGUGAAUUACGAGGAGCAUAAGUCCAUGUGCUAUAGCCUUAAUGUUCAUGUGCUGCCUUUCUUCCGGUUCUAUAGAGGAGCUCAGGGGCGUCUAUGCAGCUUUAGCUGCACCAAUGCCACAAUAAAAAAAUUCAAAGAUGCAUUGGCCAAGCACUCACCAGACCGAUGCAGUCUUGGGCCGACGAAGGGUCUUGAGGAGAAGGAGCUUUUGGCAUUAGCUGCCAACAAAGAUCUAUCCUUCAACUACACACCAAAACCAGUUCAAGCUGUGCCUGUUCCUGCACAGGAAGAGAUUCUGGUAUCAAAAGAAGUUCGAUCUGAUUCAGGGACAAAACUCCCCCUUCCUCUCCCGACAAGAUCCUUAAACCCUAAAGGUAGUGAGGAGAAAACAUUGGUUGGUUCUGCGAGAUGAUGUAUAGUUUUUUGCCAACCUCGAUCUACUCCCUAUCGCCCUUGUACAGUCACUACAGUACUAUUUCCACGUUCAUCUUUCGUGUUCUGAUAUUCAUGUUAGAAAUGAACAACAUAGUAGAGGAGAAGCCAUACGGCAUCUCGUCUCCCCAUGGAGUUGCAGGCUUUUGGAUUUAUUUUUUUGGAUCGUAGCCUGCUGGAUUCGAGGUGUUUGAAAAGCAACUAGCUGUGUAUAUGUUGAGUUGUCUUUUUUUAUGUUUAAGGGAAAACCGCUUGUAAAUGUAAAAAUCUUAUUAUUCUAUAGUAUAUGGUUAUUAUAGGAAAUUGAAAUCCUUUAUUUUUUAUUUUCUAUUGGCCUUCUCUUUCUGUGUUGUAAGCAAAAUACGAGUAUUUGUAUUGGAUAUAUGGUAUUUAAUGAUAACUGGUUGCUGCCUUUGGUUUUUA